CCUCACGUUCAUAUGUCAAAAACCAAAACCAACCAUAAAAAAUAAAAAAACAAAAAACAACAACGUCUUGGCACGAUACCUACCCAUGCUCUCAAUCAACUGCAAUGAACAUUCAAAACGUUAUCGAAAUCAAAACCAAAAUCGUAAAUCAUUUGGGAACACAUUUAAGGUAUAGGUUCAUCACCACACUCGAUUAAACUACCACCUAUUUCGGCAGAUGACUCUGUUACAAAUGACUCUGUGCACAACAAUGUCGCAAAUGCGCAUACGCGUAAAUUUUUCAGCAACAAAACGAAAGCCAUCGUCUGGGGCAUGCAACAACGGGCUGUACAAUCAAUGCUGGAUUUCGAUUUCAUUUGCAGACGUGAUGAACCAUCCGUUGUCGCUAUGGUAUACCCCUUCACCGGCGAUCAUAAGCAAAAGUAUUACUGGGGUCACAAAGAGAUUCUUAUUCCAGUUUAUAAGAAAAUGUCUGACGCUGUUAAGAAUCAUAAAGAUGUCGAUGUGAUGGUUAACUUUGCCUCAUUACGUUCGGCUUAUGAUUCAACUUUAGAGGUAUUGGAGUUCCCACAAAUACGCACAGUGGCUAUUAUUGCUGAAGGCAUCCCCGAGAAUUUGACCCGCAAACUGAUUGUUUCCGCCGACAAGAAAGGCGUAUCUAUCAUUGGGCCCGCCACUGUUGGUGGUGUCAAGCCUGGUUGCUUCAAAAUCGGCAACACCGGCGGCAUGUUGGAUAAUAUAUUGCAUUCAAAACUCUAUCGUCCCGGAAGUGUGGCCUAUGUAUCGCGUUCCGGCGGUAUGUCCAACGAAUUGAACAACAUUGUCUCAAAAGCUACGGAUGGUGUGCAGGAGGGUAUUGCUAUUGGCGGUGAUCGCUAUCCGGGUUCAACAUUUAUGGAUCACAUUUUACGCUACCAGGCCGAUCCUGAGGCCAAGUUGAUUGUGCUGCUCGGUGAGGUAGGCGGCACGGAGGAAUACGAGGUGUGCGCAGCUCUCAAGGAUGGACGCAUAACAAAACCUUUAGUGGCGUGGUGUAUUGGUACAUGUGCCAGCAUGUUCACCUCUGAGGUGCAAUUUGGCCAUGCAGGUUCAUGCGCCAACUCAGAUCGGGAGACGGCUUCUGCAAAGAACAAGGCAUUGCGUGAGGCAGGCGCAUACGUACCCGAAUCUUUCGAUUCGUUGGGUGACCUCAUUCAACAAGUAUAUGCCGAACUAGUAAAAUCGGGACGCAUUGUGCCCAAAGAAGAAGUACCACCACCCACUGUGCCAAUGGAUUACUCUUGGGCGCGUGAAUUAGGUUUAAUCCGCAAACCCGCUUCCUUCAUGACGUCUAUUUGCGAUGAGCGUGGCCAAGAGUUGCUGUAUGCUGGCAUGCCCAUCAGCGAGGUGCUCAACAAGGACGUGGGUAUUGGUGGUGUGGUGUCACUCUUGUGGUUCCAGCGCUGUCUGCCUCCAUACGUUUGUAAGUUCUUCGAAAUGUGCCUAAUGGUGACGGCUGAUCAUGGACCGGCUGUUUCGGGUGCGCAUAACACAAUUGUGUGUGCACGUGCCGGCAAAGACUUGGUUUCGUCCGUCGUCAGUGGCUUGCUGACAAUUGGUGAUCGCUUUGGUGGCGCUUUGGAUGGUUCAGCCCGGCAAUUCUCCGAGGCCUAUGACUCUAAUUUGCAUCCAAUGGAGUUUGUCAAUCAAAUGCGCAAGGAAGGUAGACUCAUUAUGGGUAUUGGACAUCGUGUCAAAUCGAUUAAUAACCCAGAUGUGCGCGUGAAAAUUAUCAAGGAAUUUGUAUUGGAAAAUUUCCCAGCUUGCCCAUUGCUCAGAUAUGCGCUGGAAGUGGAGAAGAUCACGACAAGCAAAAAGCCGAACCUGAUCCUGAAUGUAGAUGGUGUAAUUGCUACGAGUUUCGUGGACAUGUUACGCAACUGCGGCUCAUUCACGAGGUGAGUUCAGU